AAGAAGAAGAGUUAUUAUUUAGGGAUGCUAAUUGUUAGCUAGCUAAUGGAAAGAGUUGUAAAUACUUUGUUUCAUCAUAUGAGAGGUCGCAGUGAUGGCUGCACAGUUUUCUCAGACGUUUAAAUCGCUGCAUCACGGCAGAGAGUGGGUGACUUUAGAACCAGCGCCUCGUGUUCCAACUGGACUGCAGCGGCACAAAGUAUUGUUCUAUGAUAACAUGCUUACAAGUGUGACAUGUGACAACCCCCCAGCCGCUGUCAUAAUUGAGAAGCUGCUGCGCAAAUCAGACAAGCAGCAGAACACGAACAGGCCAAUGAGCAACAUCAAGUUCACCAUCAUUUCUGAGGAAAGGAUGCAGGCUGCAGUGACACUGGCCAAAAGAGAUUUGAGACGAUGGCGUCUUGAGGCUGUGAAGAAAUCCUCAGUUAUAUCUUCACACGAAAACUCUGUUCUUAGUGUAGAUGAGAUGGAUAGUUGCCAGAAGUGGGUGUCAUCUUGGUCUUUCCAGGAUCCGUCAGAUGCUACUGGAAAGGCAGAGAUGAAGCUGUCCAAUCCAGAACAUAUGGCAGUCAGAUGUGGACCUGCAGUCAUCUCUGAUUACCAUUCAACAAGCCAGUCACCCCCAACCACAGACCGUUGCCCAAAGCAAGUGGAUGGACAUCAGCAGCAUCACUUAAAACAACAGAUCCAGAAGCUGCAUAAUGAAUUGGAAACCUAUAUUGAGAAAUUGGAAAAAAUGGCUGAUUUAGACAAGGAAAUGGAGGAGCCUUUGGAUUGUAAUGAACUAAAGAAGAUAGAACUCUGCAAGCAGAUGCAGGCAGCCCGCUCAGCACGUAUGAUCUAUGUUGUCCAACAGCAGGUUAAUCGAAUACAAGAAGACCUUGAGAAACCAUGUAGCCAGCAAAUGUGGGCGAAUAAAAAGUUAAGGGCAAUUGAGAGACUUUCAGCUGCCCACCGUGGGGCAGUUAGGGUCUUGAAGGUCAUAAUCCCUCAGCUCUCAGACCUGUCUCACAACGAGGUUCCUCCUUAUUACAAAGAGCUGCAACAGCUGAUUCGCCGGCUGUCUUUGUGUUCAGCUGAGUUGGAAGGGGACCAAGGAUCAUCUGUUUCUGAACAGACUCUGAACAUCAUACAGAAAUUAGAGACUUGUCAUUCUGCCUUAAACAGACAAAAGAUGAUUCAACAGAUGCCCAUCCAAACACGUAGCUCCUCUCCUUCACGCUGGAAGUCCCCCAAACAUCCUGCACCACCGUUGAAUGAACUCAUGGAUCCUGUCACAAGUCAUAGAGGACCUCGCAAAGCACAAACCUCCAAAACAAGUAAUCGCGGUCAGAGACUGGCUUUACAGAAUCACAGAACUACUCAUUUCCAAACCACACAAAGGAGAGAAUUGCUGCAGGCUGGACUGCAGAGCCUCAUGGAGCAGAGGGAGCGAAGAGCAACGCAAAAAGGAGCCCAGAAAAAAACUAAAGCACGGCUCCCGCUUCUCUCAGAGAGGACGAGAGCCGACAUUAAGACGCAUAAGCAGAAGAAAGAGGCACAUUUUGGGCAGCCUACAGUGUCUUCACAGCUUAAAAAGAAUGAGAUCCCUCAGAAGGAUAACUCUGUCCCAUGGAGACCUGCAUCCCAUCACUUUCCUCCCCAACAGUAUGUGAAUCCAAAGGGACUGCCUGAAAGUUCAGAGUCUCCAGUAAAGACGUUACCGAGCCCUACAAAGAAGAUGCCCACUGGUUUUUGGGAGGAGCUAUGCCUUAGCGCCGAGAAGAGGAAACCACCUGAAGAUGAAGCAAAAAGACUGGAAUUUCUGAUUGAUGGAAAGGAGCAGCAGGUCAGAGAGAUGGUAAAGCUGAACUUGAAUGCGUCCCAGGCAGCAGAGAGUGCUGAGCAGCUGGCUGAGGCUCUUGUAGAAGGUCAGAUGGAGUACACUGCAAGGACGCUGCGUGUGACUGAUAUUCACACACAGUUGGAGGGUUUGGCUCCGAUUCAGCUGCAGGUCUCAACUUUGGACAGGAUUCUCCUCCGCAUGGAGGAGAUACAGAGGGAUCAGGAAGAAGUGAGGAGACGUCUCGCUUCCAUCCAUUAUUCAGACCCUCUUUACUGUGACCAACUAGAGAGAGCAGGACCACAGAGUGGUGCUCUGACCUCCAGUCCGGCCUCUCCUCAGCCGAUGAGGCUCACAAAGCCUGUGCUCAGUCAGAGCUCCGCGGCACAAGUUAUCCUGGAGAAACUGGUGGAUGAUUGUGCUGUGUCUGAAGAAAGCCUGAUGGAGGAGGUGUCCCGAGAUGAACAGCUGCCCAGUAAACCCCACGUGAUCCCGAGAAGCACAGGGACUAUUGUGUCUGUGCCAGGAAAUGUGCUCAGAAACAUCUGGCAAUACAAGGAGGAGUACGAGGCCUACCUGCAGGGUGUGGAGCAUGUACACACCUUUGACCCCUGGUUCAUUGCAGACAGACUGGCAGAUGAGUUGCUGUCCGAGGUGACUGGUGAGGUGGCCGCAGAGUUUCAGGACAUCAUGGAUAAGUGCACCGAGGCCGUCUUCACCGCAGAGUUCCACUCGCCACCUCAUUCACCGUCAACUUCAGCUCUAACCAUUAAAUAGUUUACAGCAUCGGGGAUCAGUCACACGAUCAAAUGGACUUAUUACAAUAUGCUGGAUUAUUAAAUAUGUUUAUUUUUGGAAUCUUUUUUCCCAGACUUGUGUUUUAUACUUCUGGCUAGUGCCUGUCUUUCCUCAUGCUAACCCUGGAUCAUCCCUGUUGAUCUAGGAUUGGAACCAGCAUCAGGUUAGAUUGCACUUUAAAGGAAAAGAAAAGUUAACAUAAUUGUACGAUUGGGUUGGUAUGUUAUGAUAUUGAGAGCCCAUAUGAAAAGUUGUAGGCAUGUGUGAUCACUUAUGUUAAAGUUAAGAGUGUUUUUGUAUGGCUGGUCUAAAGCCACCAGCAGGCGGCCAUGUUGGCUGCUAUAACAGUGAUGUGUGACGUCACUUGGACACAGAGGUUCAAAGCUCCGCCAGUGUCGUCCUUCAGUAUAGAAGAGGAGAAGGUUAGAGGUCUCAAACCCAUUCCAGAAAGGGCGGAGAGGGUGCAGGCUUUCUUUUCAAUCAUCCUCCCCAGCAGGUGGAUUAAGCAAGGACAUUCCACAGUGCAUUCUCAAUGUUGAACACAAUAUGAAAUAAAAAUGGUGUCAUGAAGCCAAUUAUUUUGCUUUCACAAUUCCUCCCUUUUGAUCAAAUAUGAUCAAUCAAAGCAAAGCAAAAUAAUAAGAUCAUAACAGAGCAUCUGUAUUGUCACACCUUUGCAAGUUUAAGACAAUGCGUCAUAGGAUUACAUUCUUCAAAAUCAUAGACAUUCCCUAGGCAAAAGAAUAAUUUCAGAAAGCAUUUUAAUCAAGGUAAACACAAUACUGGUUCUGUCUCAGAAUCAUCCAUAUCUUGAGGAAAAGGGAACAUGUCUGGUUCUCCUUCAUUCAGUGCAGUUAUACUCAUGGUUUUAGAUAAAAGCAUACUGUAUAUGCAGAAGGCCUGGGUUCACCUAUUGCUUUAUACAGUGCAUCGCAAGAUCAAAGCUCGAAUACAGGGAACACAACAACCACAAAUUGUAAACAGGCAUAAAAACACUGUUAGGGAUGUAAGGACUGCCAUAGCCAACUUAUUCCAUCUACUGAUGUAGUUGGCAAACAGGCCUUCUAAAGGGUUGAUUAUGCCAGAAUGUUCUUCCAUCUCGAUGGACAAUGUGCGCAGUCUGCUGAGUUCUUUUGUUAGACUUCCAUCUGGGGCUGUGUUGUUUGGGAUGAAGUUACAGCAAUCUCAUCCAAACAUAGCACAAACACCUCCCUUUUCUGCCAAGAGCAUGUCCAGAGCUAAUCUGUUUUGGAAACCCAUAAGGGAAGUGGCUGCUAAUUGUUCGUGUAUGGCAGCUACAGCAUCCCUGGUAAAAUUUGAUAAUCUUUGUACAUUAAAGUGUGUGUAAUUUAUCCUGUCUACAUUUUUGUUGAUUGUUACGGGAAACAGUGCAUGCAGAAGUGGGAAGGACUCAAAUCCUGCUGCGACAUUAUCUACAAGUUUGUACUCAUUCGGAACUCCACGUAGGACUCCUAUAGCAUCGAUGUAUACUGGGGAACCCCCCAGCGGAUCCACAGAGCAUUUACCGUGGUGGUAAUAGAAGUUGCCAAAUCUGUGAUUAAUUUAUCCACUGUUUCCACAAUCACUACCGAGGUUAUUAAGGAAAUCAAAGCCCGUGUACCAUACCAGUUUGGACCUAGCCAUCCUUUAAGAGUUAUGCCACUGCAAUACCACCAUAUAUCAGCUCUAGCGAUAACUAGUUUACCUGCAAUGAUGUCUCGUCAGGUCAACAUAGGUGGAGCAAUGGCCAUAGAGAAAUUGUCCCAUGAGUCUACUUGGCUUGCUCACAGAAUUCCGGGUGAACCAGGUGUUAAGGAUUUUAUAU